GUGAGAUCCCCGUUCUUGAUUCUCAUUGCUUUCUGUUGUGUCGCGAGCGUAGCACCACUUUCGUGUUUAUAAUGUUUACAUUCUCGUGAAAUCUGUGCCAGUGAAGGGACUAUUAAUCGUUUAUAACUCAUCGAAAUGGCGUUGUACUAUGAUGAUGGUACACCGUAUGUUUUAUUGGGAGGACAUAGAAUACAAUUAGAAAGAGAGCCGUUUACGGAAGAGUAUUAUGUAGAAAAAGCGGAAAAGGAACUAAGAGAGACGCCGGAAAAUGUAGAAAAAGGGCUUAGGGAGUUGCGUGAACUUUUAAAAGGAGAAUUAGACCUGGUUGUACCAAUUGAAGAUGAUAUGUUCCUGAUGAAGUUUUUGAGACCGUGCAAGUUCUACGCUGAAAGUGCUUUUAAACGGAUAAAAGCCUAUUACAAAUUCCGUUUGUCAUAUGCGAACUAUUGCAAGGAUCUCACUCCGAAAGCCACUCAGGCUACAUUCCAGAACUCUAUUGUUUCCAUGCUGUCCCCCAGAGACCAGCAAGGCCGUCGCCUACUGUUCGUGGAAUCUGGAGAACGUUGGAAACCACGUGUGGUACCACUUGCUGAAAUGUUCCGUGGGGUACAAAUAGCUUUGGAAUCCGCACUGGAGGAGCCCCGGACGCAAGUAAGCGGGGUCAACGUAGCAAUCAACUUAAAAGGACUCUCGCUCUCGCACAUUAUGCAAUUCACACCAUCUUUUGCCAAAAUGAUCGUGGAUUGGAUACAGGAUUGCAUACCAGUCCGUCUAAAAGGAGUGCACAUUAUAAAUCAACCAUACAUCUUCAAUAUGUUAUUUGCACUUUUCAAACCAUUUCUAAGUACGAAGUUACGCUCGCGUAUACAUUUCCACGGAUCUGACACAACUUUGCUACUUAAAGACGUAGAUGCCUCGCAACUUGUAGAGAGGUGUGGCGGAACCCUUCCGGAAAAUGAGGAAACUGGAGACAUAAUGUGGAAAAUGCUUUGUCACUAUGAAGAGGAUUUUAAAACCAAAAUCUCUCAUGGUUACGUCAACAACAACAACAACAACAAAUGUUGAUGCAGUCGUGACAGGCUCUUGUGGGGAAAGGGCAUCAAUGUCAGCUGAUGUGAUUACUGCCGAGGCACUGAUGGGUACAGGAGUCAUAUGCUCUCUUUUAAAAUAAAUAUUUUUAAGUUUAUAACCGUCAAACAACGCAGACUUAUUUAAUCGGCAUAUAGAACUCAUUUUUUGUGAUAAUAUAUAGAUAUAGUUUUCUUAGGGUCUUUGACCUUUGACCGGUGUACGACUUCAUGGUUACAGCGCUAAUUUAUUUGGAUUCAAAUAUAUAUUCUUUGUACGCACAAUAAUAUAUAGUGGGUUCGUGGUUUUUAUGGUUAAUAUAGUAUUUUUAAGACAUAGUACAAUUAACUCUAAGGUGCGUCUUCCAAUACGUGUAAUAAACUUUGUUUCAAGAUCUGCUGACCUGCUCUUUGACUUGUGAU